CCAGCCACAAGCAGGGGAGGUGAUGGUGAAGGUUAAAGAACCCAGGAGGUGCCUGGGACUCUCCAUCCCACUGAGCACUGCUGUCCUAUCAGGCACUGCAGCAGUCCAGAUCAAGCCAGUGAGCGGUGUGCUGGGGCACUCGGUGCAGCUCCCCCCGCAGCUGCACCCUGGCAGCAGUGUGAAGAGGAUCAUCUGGAGCUUCAGAGCCAACGCCAGCAAGAAAGUAGAAGUGGCGGAGUACAACCUGGAGACGUCCGAGCACCUCAAGUACAACAGGCAGCGGCUGGAGCUGCUCAAUGAGACAACAUUGCAGAUCAACGCCCUGGAGCAGUGCGACAGCGGGGUCUAUGAUGCACACAUCACGUAUCACUCAUCACAGGUGGAUGAAGACUCCUUCAACCUCACCGUCUACGAGCCCGUGCCAGCGCCCCUGAUCCAGCACGAGAUGCUGUCCUACAGCACCGAGGACUGCAGCAUCAUCCUGCGGUGCUCGGUGCCGGCUGGAAGCGGUGCUCAGACCACCUGGCGGCACGACAACACCUCCAGUGCAACUUGGGGACAGAGUGACAAGAGGCACAUGCUGCAUCUGACCGUCCCUGCCAGCGCCCUGAAUGCCACCUACACCUGCGUGGCCUGGAACCCGGCACAGGAGCGAAGCAAGUCCGUGGACGUGGCAGAACUGUGCGCACGAGGUAAAGCCCAUCACCGUCCCCCCCCUGCCCCCCCAGGUGCACAGAGCCAUCGGCCAUCCCAGUGCCUUGUCCCCAUAGAGGCACGCAGGUGGAGGUGGCCCAUCUACCUGGCAGUGCUGGUGGCUGCGGCGGGAGCCUCGAGCAUCGCGCUGUACCUGCUGAGGAGGAGGAGGAGGAGGAAGGCUGACAGAGCUGCCGCCUGCCCCGAGGAGCUGCUGUACUCCCAGGUGCAAAGGAGGGACGUCGAGGACGAGGACGAGCAGGGUCCCAGCAGAACCAUCUACAGCGAGGUGGGCAGCGGUGGGGAUGGCACGGCGCGGCCGCAAGCCUGAGCGAGGACGGACGGACGGACGGACGGACGGACGGACAGCCUGCCCCCAUCUUGCUUUAUUUCCCCCUGUUUUUUCCCCUUCCUCCCCACACGGGAACACGGGCCUGGCGGCGCUCCCCGCGGCCCCAGUAAAGGCAGAGAAGAGGACAGAGCGUCCGCGUGCGCGGAGGGGCUGCGGGGAGCGGGUUGAGCGCAUCGAGACCCCAGCCCCCCCCUCGGGGCGCUUCGCUUUCCACCCUCUUUUGUCCCCCGGCGCCACCCGUCGCGGCGCGGGGUGGGAAUGAGGCGGAGCGGCGCUGUGCGUGCGCGCGCCCGCUCCGACCGGAAGCGGAAGUGCGUGGGAGCGUGCCCGGAAGUGUGUGGGCGGUGGCGGCGGUUCCGGUUCCGGCGGCCGUGCGGGGGAGGCAGCGGCGGCAGCAGCGAGGCGAGCGGCGCGCACCCCCCAUCGGCACCGC